CCAUCAUCCACCUGCACAUACACCAUGACUAUCACCACCCCCAUUACUGAGCUCUUCGGCAUCCAGCACCCCGUCCUCCUCGCGGGCAUGAACGUCGCUGCGGGCCCCAAGCUCGCGGCGGCUGUUUCGAACGCCGGCGGCCUUGGCGUUAUCGGCGGUGUCGGCUACACCCCCAAGCACCUCCGCUCCGUCAUCAAGGAGAUCAAGGAGGGACUUGCCAAGCCCGACCUCCCCUUCGGCGUUGACCUGCUCCUUCCCCAGGUCGGCGGCUCGGCUCGCAAGACCAACUACGACUACACCAAGGGCCAGCUCGACGACCUCAUUGACGUGAUCAUCGAGGAGAAGGCCAAGCUCUUCGUGUGCGCCGUCGGUGUGCCCCCCAAGCACGUCGUCGACAAGCUCCACAAGCACGGCAUCCUCGUCAUGAACAUGAUCGGCCACCCCAAGCACGCCGACAAGGCUCUUGCCCAGGGUGUUGACAUCAUCUGCGCGCAGGGUGGUGAGGGCGGUGGCCACACCGGCUCGAUCCCCACCUCGAUCCUCAUCCCCGCCGUCGUUGACCGCGUCAAGGGCAAGACCUCGCCCCUCACCGGCAAGCCCAUCUACGUCGUUGCCGCCGGCGGUAUGGCUGACGGCCGUGGCCUCGCCGCCGCCCUUAUGUGGGGCGCCCAGGCCGUCUGGGUCGGCACCCGCUUCGUCGCUUCCGUCGAGGCCGGCGCCCCCAAGAAGCACAAGGAGCUUGUCCUCACCGCCGACCACGGCGACACCAACACCACCCUCAUUUACACCGGCCGUCCCCUCCGUGUCCGCCGCACCGACUACGUCAAGCAGUGGGAGAACCGCCAGGACGAGAUCAAGUCUCUCACUUCGCAGGGCAAGCUCCCUCACGAGGUCGAGCUCAGCAAGAAGCCCGAGCUGUCCCUCCCCGGCCGCCCUUGGCUCAUGGGAGACGUCGCCGCCACCAUCAAGGAGGUCUUGCCAGCGAAGCAGAUCAUCGACGAGAUGGUCACCACCGCGGAGGCCCAGAUCAAGCGUGGGCAGUCUCUGCUCGCCGGCAGCGCCAAGCUCUAAGAAACCGUGCGCGGAAUAGACUGGGAUUGCCUCAUAGGGUUAUGCAGUGAGAAGUCUACCAACGGGAAUGGAGCGGGAUUGCGGCUGGCAUACUGAAAUAUUGUGGAGUCAUCAGAACCGCGG